UAGAUGUGAACAGGUUUAUGCGGGGAUUAGCUAUUCUCCGGAAAACUCCCGGAAUACCUGGAUAUCAAGGACUGGAUAACGGAUGCUAGCCAUCCAUGGAUUAUUGAAACAAAACGGAAUGUUUAAAAUGUUGAGGUACAUUUAUUAAACAACCAAGCUGUAGCGUCGUGUUCCAAGCCUCAAGCCCCACACCCCAGUCUGUGGAGCCACACCCCACCCCUGGUACUUGAGGUCUGCUGACCACUUUAGUUACAGCACACCUUCAUUGGUAGGUUAGCUACACACUAAGUGCUCACCUAGCCAGGUGACUAGAGCUGACCUACAGGAACCAUUGGUCCCUUGGACCUGAUCCGGGUGUCCGGUCUGACAACGGUGGGCGCUCCAGACUUCGCCCUGGACACCCUCGCUCUACAUGCCGGCUUGCCGCUGGACUUCGGCCACUCUGCUGUCAUGGAGCACCAGACCUAUGGCGAAGUCAACCAGCUAGGCGGAGUUUUUGUCAACGGGCGACCACUCCCAAACGCCAUCCGCCUGAGGAUAGUCGAGCUCGCCCAGCUGGGGGUGAGGCCGUGCGACAUCAGCAGACAGCUCCGGGUCUCCCACGGCUGCGUCUCCAAGAUACUGGCCAGGUACAACGAGACCGGCUCCAUCCUGCCGGGCGCCAUCGGGGGUUCCAAGCCCCGCGUGACGACGCCCAAUGUGGUCAAACACAUCAAAGUGUACAAGGAGCGGGACCCGGGGAUCUUCGCCUGGGAGAUCCGGGACAAGCUGCUGGCGGACGGCGUGUGCGACAAGUACAACGUGCCGUCCGUCAGCUCCAUCAGCAGGAUCCUCAGAAACAAGAUCGGGCCGGGUUCUAACUCCGGCGGCCCGGGCAGCGCUGGCGGGGCGAGUCCAGUGCAGGGAUCACAGUUUGAGAAGCCGUCCCCACCCCCGGGCCAUCCACACCACCACCCAGCAGCGGCCCACCCCCAUCACGGCCAGAACCACCCCGGCGCCCUAUACAACGCCCAGUUCUACCCCUAUUCUUGCGCCGCUGCGCCCGCCAUGGCCCCCUCCAUGGGGCACCACCAGAUGAUGUCACACAACCAUCACCAGACGCCCGGAGUCCCCCCAGGCAUGGCCUUCCAAAUGCCGCCCGCCAUGGCCGCCCAUCACAAGACGCCCCCCGGGGGCUGCGCGUCCCCCUGUAUGAUGCGAGCCUGGCCGUCCUCCCAUUCCGUCCACGAUAUCCUCGGCUUCCACCGGUCAGCGCACCCGAUGGGUGGUCAGCACAUGCCGAUGGCGCCGGAUGGUAUGAUGACCAACGCCAUCUCCUCACAACCCUACAACAUGGGCAACUACUACAUGAAGACACCCAUGUCUCCCAUGUACCUUCAGAGCUGAUCUUAGCUCACUGGAACAUAGACGUGAGCUCAAAUAUUAGCUCACCAGAAAAACAUAGACAUGAGCACAAAUCUUAGCUCACAAAAACACAUACGUGAGCUCAAGCACUAAACACAGGCAGAAGUGAGUUUAAAUCUCUGAAGCCUAUGUGAAAACUAUGUGAAAAAUAAAAUUAAAUAUGUACAUCGCAGACUCGUGGAGAGCUGUCUUUCCAUGCCAAACGCUCAAUUGGACUUCCCAUUUAACAAAAAGCAAGAUUCGUCGGUUUUUGUAAAUUGCCAAAUUGGACAUGAUUUAUCAUGGCACAUAAACAAACCUUUCCAUCGCUUGAUUUUUAUCUUUAAAAUAAAAACUUGCUAUGCUAAGGUAAUUGCUAUACUUCCUCAUGGCUAAUCGAUUAAUUAAUCGGCAAAUUAAUUAAGUUAUUAAUUAAGAUAUGCCUGCCUUCCAAUUAAAAACCGCGUGUAGACGUGGUAGUUAGACCACGCCCACAGGAUGUUAAGAUUAACGCCAGUCAGACGAUUGGCUACAGCCAGUCGCAUACGGAGUACGUAUCACGUGACUGCUACACGCUUGGAUUUGGGGUUGAUUUUAACCCAUUUCGUCUUCACCCUGUGGUGUUGUAGACGGUCAAUGUGUCAGUUGUGACGUUACACAAACUUUUCCCAAAACUAUGACAGCGAAUGUAAAGAAAUGUGUCAGUUGUGACGUUACACAAACUUUUCCCAAAACUAUGACAGCGAAUGUAAAGAAAUGUGUCAGUUGUGACGUUACACAAACUUUUCCCAAAACUAUGACAGCGAAUGUAAAGAAAUGUGUCAGUUGUGACGUUACACAAACUUUUUCCAAAACUAUG